UAAGAAGAUUGCUGAGAAAUGCAAAGGCUCGCCAUUAAUGGCAACAACAUUUGGGGGUAUUUUGUCCUCACAGAAAGACGCAAGAGACUGGGAAAAUGUAAUGGAUUUUGAAAUAUGGGAUCUUGCAGAGGAGGAAAGUAACAUCCUCCAAACAUUAAGAUUGAGUUAUAAUCAGCUUCCUUCAUACCUGAAGAGGUGUUUUGCAUACUGCUCCAUACUACCAAAAGGCUUUGAAUUUGAGGAGAAAGAGAUAGUGUUGCUAUGGAUGGCUGAAGGACUUUUAGAGCAAAAAUCACAGAAGCAAAUGGAAGAUGUUGGCCAUGAGUACUUUCAAGAGCUACUCUCUGCAUCACUUUUUCAGAAGUCAAGUAGCAACAGAUCAUUGUAUGUAAUGCAUGACCUUAUAAAUGAUCUAGCUCAAUGGGUGGCUGGAGAGUCCUGUUUCAAAUUGGACAAUAAUUUUCAAUCUCACAAACAAAAGAAAAAGAAAAUUUCCAAAAUGACUCGGUAUGCAUCAUACGUUGGUGGUGAAUAUGAUGGUAUUCAAAUGUUUCAGGCCUUUAAAGAAGCCAAGUCCUUAAGAACAUUCCUCCCUCUAAAGCAUCGAAGGCUAGAAGAAUGGUCCUACAUAACUAAUCAUGUUCCUUUUGAAUUGUUACCUGAGUUAAGAUGCUUGAGGGCAUUAUCAUUGAGUGGAUAUUUCAUCAGUAAGCUUCCAAAUUCGGUUAGCAAUUUGAAUCUUCUACGCUACCUGAAUCUUUCUUCGACUGACCUCAGACAGUUGCCAGAAUCAAUCUGCAGUCUAUGCAAUAUGCAAACAUUACUACUGAGAGAUUGUUUUAAUCUUGAAGAACUGCCAUCAAACAUGAGUGAUUUGAUCAACCUACGUCAUCUAGAUAUCACCAGAUCUCAUUCUUUAACACGUAUGCCACAUGGUAUUGGUAAAUUGACACAUCUUCAAACUUUGUCAAAUUUUGUUGUAGGCUCAAGUGGGAUAGGAGAAUUGAUGAAGCUGUCAAAUAUCCGAGGAGUACUUUCUGUGUCCAGGUUAGAGCAUGUGACUGACACUCGAGAGGCAAGUGAAGCUAUGAUAAAUAAAAAGGUAGGCAUUGAUGUGCUGAAAUUGAAGUGGACUAGUUGUAUGAAUAAUCAGUCACAUACUGAAAGAGCAAAAGAAGUGCUUCAGAUGCUACAACCUCACAAAAAUCUUGCAAAGCUUACUAUUAAGUGCUAUGGUGGUACGAGUUUCCCAAAAUGGAUAGGAGAUCCAUCCUACAAGAGCCUAGUGUUCUUAAAGUUGAAAGAUUGUGCACAUUGUACAUCUUUGCCGGCACUUGGAAACCUUCAUGCCCUCAAAGAACUUUACAUCAUUGGAAUGAAAGAAGUAUGUUGUAUCGAUGGUGAGUUCUGUGGUAAUGCUUGCUUAAGACCUUUUCCUUCCUUGGAGAGACUAUACUUUAUGGACAUGGAAAAAUGGGAAAAUUGGUUCCUCUCAGAUAACAAUGAGCAGAAUGACAUGUUUUCUUCUUUGCAACAGCUUUUCAUUGUGAAGUGUCCCAAACUUUUAGGUAAACUACCAGAAAAUCUCCCUUCUCUCAAACAUGUAAUAGUUAAAGAAUGUGAACAAUUGCUGGUUACCAUUUCAAGCCUUCCUGUGCUCUACAAACUAGAAAUUGAAGGAUGCAAAGGCUUGGUCCUUAAUUGCGCAAAUGAAUUCAAUUCACUGAAUUCAAUGUCUGUUUCCAGAAUCUUGGAGUUCACAUUCUUAAUGGAGAGGUUAGUGCAGGCUUUCAAAACUGUAGAAGAACUCAAAAUUGUCAGUUGUGCUCUUGAUGAAACAGUUCUGAAUGAUUUAUGGGUAAAUGAGGUUUGGCUUGAGAAGAAUCCACAUGGUUUGUCAUCUAUUCUCAGAUUAAUUGAGAUUAGAAAUUGCAACAUCAUGAAAUCUAUACCUAAAGUACUAAUGGUCAACAGCCAUUUUCUCGAACGCUUGUACAUAUGUCACUGUGAUUCCAUAGUCUUUGUCACAAUGGAUCAACUGCCUCACUCUCUGAAAUCAUUGGAGAUAUCAAAUUGCAAGAACUUGAGAUGUUUACUGGAUAAUGGAACAUGCACUUCUUCAUCAAUAAUUAUGCAUGAUGACAAUGUACAGCAUGGUAGCACAAUCAUUUCUCAUUUGGAGUAUGUGUACAUUGGCUGGUGUCCAUCUCUCACCUGCAUAUCAAGAAGUGGUGAGUUACCUGAAUCUGUCAAACAUUUGUUCAUUUGGAAUUGUUCAGAGCUAUCGUGCUUGUCAAUGAAAGGCCAAUUACCAAAAAGUAUUGAGAGACUGGAGAUUCAAUCCUGUCCAAAGCUUGAGUCAAUAGCAAACAGGUUGCACAGAAACACCUCCUUGGAAUCUAUUCAGAUAUGGAACUGUGAAAACCUCAAAUCCCUCCCUGAAGGAUUGCAUUUCCUUGUGAAUUUAAAGGAGAUCAAAAUUAUUGGUUGCCCAAAUUUGGUUUCCUUCCCAGAAGAAGGUUUGCCCGCCUCAAGUCUGUCAGAACUUUCCAUCAUGAGCUGUGAGAAACUAGUGGCCCUGCCGAACAGCAUGUACAAUCUCGACUCCCUGAAAGAGCUGGAGAUUGGAUACUGUCCAAGCAUUCAAUAUUUUCCGGAAAUAAACUUUCCAGACAACUUAACAUCCCUUUGGAUCAAUGACCAUAAUGCCUGUGAAGCAAUGUUCAAUUGGGGCUUAUACAAGCUCUCUUUUCUUAGGGACCUCACCAUCAUAGGUGGAAAUUUGUUUAUGCCACUUGAAAAGCUGGGGACAAUGCUUCCAUCCACUUUAACUAGCCUCACUGUUCAAGGCUUUCCACACUUGGAAAACCUGUCAUCAGAGGGCUUUCAUAAACUUACCUCUUUAUCUAGCCUAACCCUAAGACAUCUCUCAAAUCUAACAUUCCUACCUUUCUCGGGGUUUAAAUACCUUACCUCUCUUGAAGAGCUUUCUAUUUAUAACUGUCCCAAGCUCUUAUGUUUACCAGAAAAGGGCCUUCCUUCCUCACUUUUGGAGCUAUAUAUACAAGACUGUCCUUUCCUGAAAGAACAGUGCAGGAAAGAUAAAGGGAGAGACUGGUUGAAGAUUGCUGACGUUCCUUAUGUUGAGAUUGAUGGCAAAUUUAUCUAUGACUCGGAUUAUGAGGAUUGAAGAAUUUUGUCUAGCUUUAUGAAUAGGUUUACCACAUUGUAGUAUCUAUGUCACACUAAUGAGGGAACCUGUUGGCGAGUCAAGUCCUUGUCUAUGAUAGGAUCUUCAGACUGGAAAAGGGUACAUGAGUAAUGAAUCAUCCAUGGUUCCAGGUAUGGAAUCUUAAAUGUUCCCUUAAAUCUAAAUUACAGCAACCAAAUCAUUAGAUCAUACCAUUUGGUAAUUUAAGGUCAACUCUCGGAUAUCUUUCAGGGAGUCCUGUGUAAUAAUAUUCUCUUUUCAAAGCAACCAGCACAUAGCUUCAAAUAGAUUCUCUCAAAUCUGAACCUAAUGUGAGAAUACUUAAAGAGCAGAUAUAUGUACCUGACUUUUGAAGUUCAUUGCAUCUUUCUUUCCAAAAAAAGAAAUAUUAUGUUUGUUUGUAGAAGAGAUUGAAUCAACAUCUCUAAAAGUCUAUUUGCUCAUGCCUUGCACAUAACUUUUGGCUUACAAGUCCAAUCUGAUAACAGCAUUGAGAGAGGCAUAAUCAUAAUAAAUACAAACAUAUAUC